AUGACGGCUACUGGAAGCACCGUCAUACCCCCAGGGGUUGUUUUUGUGACUGGUGGAGCCCGCGGCCUGGGGAAUGCUGUCGCCUGUGCGUUCGCCCGCGAGGGGUGCCGAGAGAUUGUCUUAGUUGACAUUCUAUCUGAUGAAGCAAUGAAACAGGGAAAACGGGAGGUAGAACAGUGUGGAGCCAAGUGCCUGUUGUUGAAAUGUGAUGUGACGGAUGAAAACCAAGUACGAGAUGCGGUUCAGCAAACAGUCGCCACGUUUGGUCGUCUGGACUACGCUAUAAAUGCAGCAGGAAUUCAAGGCCCUCCUCAGUACGUCGGCGACCUUGACACGACUGGUUUCGAAAAAUGCCUUAAGGUCAACACGAUGGGAACACUGAAUUGUCUGAAGCACCAAAUCCAGCAAAUGGUCAAACAAGAGGCUUUGAGCUUGGGAGACAAUCGCCAAUCCCCACAAAGAGGCGCUAUUGUGAAUUUCGCAUCAGUCAAUUCCAUGCUCGGCGGCCAUAAUAUUAGCGCCUAUGUGACGUCGAAGCAUGCGAUUGUUGGCAUGACCAAAGCAGCUGCGAUAGAAUAUCGGGACAAGCAAAUCCGCAUCAACUGCCUAUCUCCGGGAUAUAUUUGGAGUGCCUUCGCCGAACAAGCUAUCAAGGCAGCCCCCGAGAAUCAAAAACGGUGGGAAGAGCUUCAGAGGCGACAAGGAAGAGUUGGCCACACCCAAGAGAUUGGAGAUGCCACGGUCAUGCUAUGCAGCCCCAGGUUGAGCUUGGUGAAUGCUCAUAAUCUCGUUUGUGAUAAUGGAUUUAGCCAAAACGCUGACUCUUUUUAA